ACAGGGGCUUUCGCUAUUGGUGGAUGUUUCUCCUGGUAACCAGCAUCCACUGUUAUCAACAACACUGGACACAUGAGAAUCGGAAACUUCAUCUGAUAUCGAGAAACGGCAUUAAAAUACCCGUGUAAAUAUUUCUGGAUUAGUUGAAUUUAGAAAAUCAUCGUGGGUUGACAUCCUCUCAAAAUGUGGAAUUAGGGCUAUGUGAAAACCAGUGUCUGUGAUCCCACAAUGGAUAAAGUGGAGAACCAGAGGUGUCAGGGAGGCUUGGCUGCUGAAGAGAUACUGGAUGAAUAUUUAAUCGCCCUUCAGCACAAAAACAGGAUCUUAAAGAGACUGAAAACUAAAGAGCCCAAGGAGAUCGAGCUAGAGCGUCUGGAGCAGGGCUUCUCCAUCUAUCUGAACGGCGCUAAUGCUAGCAAGCAGACCAAGAGACCCUGCCAGAAGUCCGUCACCUCGCCACCGCCGGCUCUGAGAGCUACACACACGGCUGAUGCCUCCAGAAGGGGUUUGCAGCUUGCAGAGGAGGAGACCUACAAUCUGGAGGUGAACAGCAGCAAGAGGAGCCACACCGCCCCGGGAGAAGUGCAGAGGAGAGAAUGGGUUCAGAAGUCGGUCAAUAUUCGAACAGAACAAGGACCCUGUUUGCGGAUCUCUCCAGAGAGACGUUACUCUGAAGACUUUGAACCCUACGACAGUAUAGAGAUGGAGCGGUCGAGUCCCCGUUCUCCUCGUAGCCCCCCGCGAGACUCCUGUAAUGUGUCACGUUCGUUUGGCUCGAGGGCUGAUGGCCGAGGAGGUAGCCAGGCGGAGCCUGAAUAUCAAAGCGAAAGGGUCCUACUCAACAUCGACGAGGUCAAGGUGCUUCGACGGAGCCUGGAGGUGAGCGUGCUGAGGAGCAGCAGAGGGUCGGCGGGGGAGGAGUCGGACGAGGAGUGGGUGGAGGAGCAGAUUGAGAGGGAGGAGAGCACGGAGAGCCUGGAGGAGCUAGGCCUGCCUCCCUCCUCCUCCAACAAAACAGCUGCUGACACGGGUCAUUCGCGAGUAACUGGGCCCAAAGGCUGCCUUCGCGACCCUGCAGAGCUCAUGGUGUUGGACUUUGGGCCAUCUCAUAAAGGCCGUAAGAUCGAGCGUUCGCUGUCGGCCAAGAGGAAAGACAACAUGGAAACCUACGUCCCCACCAAGCCUCUGCCGGUGAAGAGCAGAACUCUGGACAGGCCCUCUUCAAAGGAGUGCAGGGAUGGCAGAGAUCCUCAACGGCCGAGGAGUCGCGUAGAGCGCCCCCUGUCUGCAGCGAGGAAGGCCUCCCAAGAGGAGCGCGACUCGGAGGAGACGGCGUGCAGGGUGCUCCAGGCCCUGCAGAUCGAGAACAGCCCACUGCAGAGCCCCGAGCCCAGGGCCUUUAGCCGCACCCCGGUGAGAGGACACCAGAUGACGAACGGCUCGCUGCGUGACGACGAUGACGACAAAGAUGAAAGUGGGGUGACCAGAGCCAUGCAGAGAAUUACCCUCAUGGGUCCCAGGCAACAGCAGAGACUACUGAAGGCGUUGGAGAAACUGGAGGCAGGCACAAACUUUGACUGCCCUCAGACAGUGAAGACCGACAAUAGCAAACCACCGAGGAGGCGCGUCUCGGCCGAGGCACCGCCCACCGUAUACGUCACCAUGGAGAUCCUGAGUAACUGGGGGAACAGGGGCCAGGUGGGGCUGACGGAGAUGCAGUUCUUCGGCCCAGGGAACAGGAAGCUGUAUGUGUCGCCACACGACCUGGACAUCCGGAACGCCGACUACCCUGGGAACCUUGGAGCGCUGGUCAACGGGAAACCUAAGACCACGAAGGAGCGUCAUAUGUGGACCUGUCCUUUCCAUCCUCCGGUCCAGCUCUACUUCAUCAUCAGGAACACGGAGCGCUCUCCGGACUUUCAGAUAUCCCGGAUCAAGAUCUGGAACUACAACAAGAGCAUCAAUGACCUGGACAUUGGCGCCCGGCAUGUGAAUAUUUACCUCAACAGCACGCUGGUGUUCGAAGGCGAGCUGGACAAGGGCUGUGGCAACCAGGUUUUCGACUACAGCACCAGCAUUGCCCUCCAGGCACUCCAAGUUCCAGAAUCUUUCUCUCCCAGCCCCAUGGCAUCCGGACACGGUCUCUGUGGCGCCAGCCCACAGCACCAUUGUGACAGGAGCGUGGAGGGGAACAACGGAGGGCACCAUCGUGACCCCAACCACGGACUCUCUCUCGCUGAGGGGCUAGCCCAGGUCAGAAUAGACUUGCAGGAUAAAACGCACAACCCCGUCGCCCCCGCGCCUACACACCGUCCCCUACAGAAGAACUCCUUUGACGUGGACCCGCUGGAACUGGACCUCCCCCACCCCCCUCUGAAACAGCAGCUGGAGCAGUCAGGUCAACCCACAGAGAGCACAGUCACCACCCAGCCUUCCUCUUCCAGGACUCCCCAGUGGCUACAGCCCCUGGCCCGGAGCGCCCCCGAGGGCUGCGAGGCUGGGAGGGAGAGGCCCCUCUGGCUAGUUCCCCAGCAAUCUGUGGAGUCCAAACCUCCCCUCCCCCAAUCCUCCUCCACCUCGGUGCUCCCGGAGCUGGGCUGUAACCCGGGGAGGGUGUGUCAGGGGUUGGAGAGGACGGUGAACGGGGGCCAGGGGAGUGCAGACUCUCUGGACCUGGGAGGUGACCUGCUGGAGGAGCUGAGUGACCAGCAGCGCCAGGACCAGCCUGUUAGUGGACGUAGGAGCGCAGCCAGGCACAAUAACACUAAUAGUACCAGCAGCAAACCAGCAGUGGAGCACCAGCAUGGAGCCAUUGGACUGUCCAUAGAGGAGCCAGGUUCAGUAUCGGGCAGCAGCAACCGGAGGCAGCAGCGUACCCCCCGGGCCCAUCUCCGCAGCCAGCAGGACCAUGACGACACCCUCAUGGAGUCCUGGGACUCCCUCACCAAGUUCAACCAGUGCCAGCGUGGUCGCAUCUCCAACAUGAGCUUCGAGGGCGACAUCUUUGACGAGUUCCUCCAGCGUUCCUCCAGAGCCGCCACUAUUGCUAUAAUCCCCUCCUCCGGCCCAGGAGCCUCCUCCUGCAGCCCCGUCCCCCACUCCUCCCACCUCUCCUUCCCCGCCCCUCAAGGGGGCCUCUGCGAUGACCCAGAGGAUGACCUUUCUGCAGAGCCGGAACGCGAGGAGGAGUUUGAAAUUCCGGUCCUCCCACGUGGUCAACGUCUGGUCAUUAACAUCUUGUCCACGUGGGGCGAUCGCCACUAUGUGGGCCUCAACGGUCUCGAAGUCUUCAGCUCCAGCGGUCAGCCCCUCCUUCCCACCCGCAUCCGCGCCGACCCGCCUGAUAUUAACGUGCUGCCUGCCUACGGAAAGGACCCGCGUGUGGUAACCAACCUGAUCGAUGGCGUCAACCUCACACAGGACGACAUGCACCUGUGGUUGGCACCUUUCACCCAGGGGAGGAGUCACGUGAUCUACUUGGACUUCGCCGGGCCGUGUCAGGUGGCCAUGAUAAGAGUGUGGAACUACAACAAGUCCAGGAUCCACUCGUUCAGGGGAGUGAAGGAAGCUGAAAUGCUGCUGGACGGGAGGUGCAUCUUCAGGGGAGAGAUCGCCAAAGCAUCAGGGACUCUGUCUGGAGGUCUGGACCAGUUCGGGGACACCAUCUUGUUCACCACGGACGAUGAGAUCCUGGAGGCCAUGUCGAGAUACGACGAGACGUUCUGCGGGGAGGCAAAGGGCUCCGAGGGUCUGGUUGGAUACGAGGAGGAGCUGCAGAGGCCCCGCACGGCCGACGGAGAGGGGGAGGAGAGACCUUUCACCCAGGCUGGCUUCAGACCCGAGGACGACCUCACUUUAAACCUCCAUCUGAACCCUACUGUUGGUCAGUCUGAGACCCUGGAGCAGAUCCCUGGAAUGUACAAUGGAAAGUGCCUUAGGAUAGAGUUGAGUAUGACAUGGGGGGACUCCCACUAUGUGGGCCUGACGGGGUUAGAGGUGGUGGGGAAGGAGGGGGACAGCCUGCCUCUGGACCUGACCAUGUUGGACGCCUCGCCACGGGACCUCAACGACCUGCCUGAGUACGGCCAGGACACACGCACCCUUGACAAACUCAUUGACGGCCACAACAUCACCACUGAAGACCAACACAUGUGGCUGAUCCCGUUCUUCUGUGGCCAGCACCACACCCUGACAGUCAACUUUGACCAGGCCCGUACGGUGGCUGGCCUCCGCAUCUGGAACUACAACAAGACCCCAGAGGACUCCUACAGAGGGGUGAAGGUGAUCCAUGUGUCUCUGGACAAUAGGCUCAUCUCUCCAGCAGAGGGCUUCCUCAUCAGGAAGGGACCAGGGAACUGUCACUUUGACUUUGCUCAGGAGAUCCUCUUCAUCGACUUCCUCCAGAACCCCACCACUGGCCUGGUCAACAGCAAGAUUACAGCAGAGGACUUGGCCUACACACUGAAAGCUGGUUCCAAAAGACAGGAGCAUGCCAGCAUGGACUACGAGGCCCCCAUCAUGCCUUGUGGAUUCAUCUUCCAGCUGCAGCUGCUGACCACCUGGGGUGACCCCUACUACAUCGGUAUGAACGGCCUGGAGUUCUAUGACCAGAACGACGAGAAGAUCCCCCUCAGUGACAACAACAUUGCUGCGUUCCCAGACAGUGUGAAUGUCCUGGACAGUGUGAACGGUGAUGUGAGGACUCCAGAUAAGCUGGUAGAUGGCACUCACGAUGGCAGACACAUGUGGCUAGCACCGGUGCUCCCCGGACUGGUGAAUCGCGUGUAUCUCAUAUUUGACCAGCCAGUGACCGUGUCCAUGAUCAAACUGUGGAACUACUCCAAGACACCACAGAGGGGGGUAAAGGAGUUUGGGCUGUUAGUCGAUGACCUCUUGGUUUAUAACGGCGUCUUGGACAGCGUGAGCCAGGCGGCGCGGGGCAUCCUGCCCACCUGUGACCCGGUGUUGCCCUACCACACUAUCCUCUUCACCGACAAUGCCCGCAUCGCCCACCGUGAAAGGAACACUGUAAUCAGCCCCCGCAGUAGUAGCAGACAUCACGAUCUGAAACACAACUAUGUGGAGGACCAAGAUGUGAAGAUGACCAAUGAGAAUCAGAUAGUCCAUCACAACAAGAAGAAACAAACCGCUGAUCCAGCGCUUCGGCCUAAAACCUGCAUGACAGACACUGGAAAGCUGGGGAAAAGGAGGUACUGACAGACGGACUGACAGGCAGACGAUCAGAAAGAGAGAUGGUGGUUGGUGUCUCACUGGUUAAUUGUAGGGAACAGUAAUGAAGGGAUGAGGGUUUACUGACUAUCUGCACUAUCCCCCUCUGGGGACUUUUAACACAAGCCUUGACCAGCCGAAAAGAAAACAACUCCCAUUGUCUUCCAUCAGUCAUUGAACUAUUGUGUUGUCUAGUGACAGCUCUUGUGUGUGAGGUGGGUCUACUUUUGAAGAGGCUUGUACAGAACACAUUGGGUUUGUAUCCAUCCGCCCACAGGAAACGGCCUUCCACUUUCUGGUUGGAUUGGUUCUCUUGUCACUCCGAUCUCUCUAGACUCCUACAGAUGCAUAGUACAUGUGUAGUGCUAACGUUAUAUCCGAUUAGUAGUCCCUGUAUAGUAGUACUACAUCGCAUAAUAACUGUAGUACUACACCAUAUGUAUAGUACGUGUGUAGCACUACAUCAGUACUGCAUCACAUACGUAGGACCUUUUUGUAGUAACUCCAGUUGUGAUUGUCCUUUUCACAGUGUCAGAGUGAACCUAUAUUAGGCUGCUAUGUCGGCCAUCUUUGUGCCUGGUGAUGUUACUACUCCUGUCUGUCGCUGCCCCUCUUGAUGUUGUGCUGCGUUCUCCUGCCGCUCGUGGUGCAGAGCUACUCAAAGAUGAACUCCGUGACAACAUGUACGCUCUUAAUAGAUGGGAUCCGGAUCCUACGUUUUACGAAUGAGUUGUGUUGAUGAAAAGCCUAGUUUUAAUAGCCCCUCGCCUAGCGGCAUAACACAUGACAAUUGAGUAAAGCUACUGCAAUGUGCACCAACCCCGUCUGAAUGCUAUGCAGUAAACCAGUUCAUAUAUUCUCUCGUCUAAUAUCUCAGUCAAAUUAUUUUUCUAGGUGUCUGUGGUGUCGGAUGGAGGUUUAACCUUUGAAAGAUUUACAACGCAGGGUGGAUAAUUUGACUGACUGUCUGUUUCAUAAAGUAGAAUCAGGCAUCGGUACUGAGUAUUGGGUCACAUUGAAGCAAUCGGUCGGAUACAGUUUUAAGGCAUCCUAGGCCGCUGCAUUUGCUUAACACAAAAACAGUCCACUUGCUUAGAUAUGCAUUUUGCAAUCUCAAAUAUAUUCAUAUUUUUGAUUAAGUAAUAUAUCGGUGAAACUAUAGACGUUCAACACUAUGUAUUACUAAAACAUGUUUGCAAACUAAGUGACCUUUUAUUGAAGUUGUUUGAUAUGAAAACAGUUAGAGACCCACUUGUAGCGAUAGUUGUAGGCUAAAAUAUUGUUAUUUCCAUAAGUUUAGAUAUAUUAUCAAGAUAUAGAUUGUUGUGUAAACAACAUUUUGGCCUUUAGUUGAAAAACACCUAAGAAUAUGUAACCAUAUGUAACCAGAAAUAUUUAAUAUGCAAACACUGAAAACAUACCUCAAAUAGGUCAAAUGUGAUCUUUACAAAGGGAUGGAUCUUUGCAGAAAUCUUGUUUUAUCUUGAAUGUUUGAGUAUAAUCUAUAGUUGGCGUGGUAUACCUUAUACCCAGUAGUAUUUUGUUGCAUGGACAAGUUACCACAGUUGUAGCUUCGGUUACAAAUGUAAAGGUAGACCCUUGUAUUUUUUAAAUAAUUUGCUGCUUCAUUGAGCCACAAUAUAGCCUAUUUCUUACUAAAUACUCUUGUAUAUGAUAGAGGAGUUACAUGUUUUUUAAAAUGCAGUAUUCUGUAUUUGAUUUAAAAUGUCAGUCUGUGGGUAUAGGCUUCACACUGCACCUCCGUCAUGCUUUGAGUGACGGUGUUAUUACUGUUAAGUGUGACAUUCCCGCGUUGAAAUAUUUUUAUUAUUUUUAAAAAAUCUUGUUCAAAUAAGUGUAUUUUAUUUGAAUAAAUAAAAUGAAAUCCUUUUAAAACAA